GACGUCUCCUCCGCCUCUCCGCCCCGCCACUAUUAAACCCCCACCACGCCACACCUUUUCCUCUUACCUCCUCAAGAAGCAUCAGACCUCCGACGGAGACGCGCAAAAGGCACAGGGAAAAAUCGCAUAAGAGCAAGGAAGCUCUGCAAUCAAGCAAAGGCAAAGCCCUGACAUUGCGCAUCUCGCCGGAGCUUGCUCCUACGCGCUCUGCAACGAAGAAGAUGGCAAGAAGAGGAGGGAACACGCCUUUCCUGGACGCGUGCUUCCUCUGUAGAAAGCCGAUCGCCGGCGACCGCGACAUCUUCAUGUACAGAGGCGACACGCCGUUCUGCAGCGAGGAGUGCAGGCGCGUGCAGAUGGAGGCGGACGAGGCGGCGGAGCGGAAGGAGAAAGCUUGCUCCGGGAGGCUGACGCAGCCGGUGCCACCUGCCAGCGAAGUGCAGGCCCCUGACGAGCGUGGAAAGGUUCGAGCAGGGUCGAUCCUAGCCUUGUAACUGAAGUUCCAAAUCGUGUCUGCCGGUGACUUUUUUUUUUCUCUUUCGAAGAUCUCACAUGAUCGCUUUCGUUUCCGCAUAUACACGGGUUUGUGUUUUUUUGUUCAAACCCUUGGAUUGUACUUAGUGAUGGUUUUCAUGUACCAUUUGGCCGCGUGUGUUUUGCGUAUCGUUUGCACUAGUCGAAAUAUACAGAGAGAAUAAAAGUGACAAUGUGGUUGCUUCAAGAAAAUGUUGAUAGGCCAAUUUACGAUCAA